AUGUCGUCCUCGUCCCGAGCCAAGGCAGAAAAGGGCUCAACGACCUGGGAAUCCCAACAGCAGCCCGCGGAUCCGAGCUCAUACUCGCGCGCCAUCCUGCUUGCGCGCUACAGCGUCAACACGCUCGCCUGGCUCAUCGUCGUCGUCUUUGCAUCCUUCCUCGCCGUCCAAUGCGACCGUUAUCUUGCUCUACGCCAACUCGAAGCGCCUGCUUCCCACGCCCACUCAGCAUAUGAUAUCUCUUCGAACAAGGACGAGCUGGAGAUUGCGCUGGAGAGGGUGUCGGAUACGUACCGUGUCGACGACAUUAUCACCGAGCUCGAGGCGCUGGGCGAUACACUGGAUGGCUUGACGCCGGCGCCUAUACGCCUCGAUGGCACCGAUGUAUAUCCGACAGAUAGCAUCUGUCUCCGUGAAGGCUUCGGCGAUGCCGACGUGGGAGAUUGGGUCACAUCACCUCCAGCUACGUACGAGUUUAACGACGGCGAACGCUACCGGUUCCGUGCGACUGGCCAUCUCGCUUUCGCGCGCGACGUACGGAUCUAUAUGGUCGAUACGGGAUACGACCCGGAUGUGCGCGCGGAUCUGCAUGUCGUCUCUGGCGCCGUGCCGUAUGCCACUGUCGAUGUUGCAGCCUUCUCCAACGAGCAGAAUGCGGGCGCGGGGACCCUCGACGCCUUCGAGGCCUGCACUCAUCGUCUGGACUCCGCACCCGAGUCUCUGACUGGAGAUAGCCGCUGGCUGUCCGGCUCUGAAUACGACCCGCUCAAGAUCGAUCUAUUCAGACUGCAACACCGCAAACAGGCUCCCUCGGACGCUGCGGGCGACAACUCGAGCCCGGACGUGCGCUUCAAUGUGACGCUAACUGUACCCGAAGAAAGCGAAGAGCUAUACUCGCUGAGGAUAGGCUACUACAACAUCACCCUCCACAACGGAGUCAUCCUGGACGAACUGGACGUGCAAACUUCCGGGAGCGUGCAUGCUGAGAGCGGUUUCAAGACCAUUCGUCUGGGCGUUCGAACAGUCGGCGCGCAAGGAUCCGUCACUGGCCAUUACGACGUCAUGAAUGGGGAUGUGGCAAUACAUACGGACGGUGCGCCCGUAGAUGCGCGCAUCGACGCUGUGAGGACGACAACCAAGAACAGAAAGACGCCCACUCAGAACAUCAAUGUGGUGGCUACUGAUGCUAAACUCACCGUUGAACUUUUACUCGAGGAUCAAGCAGACGACUGUGAUCCUGCCUUCGCUCCUGCUCCCAACUGCGCCUGGGUCCGCCCCUUCGCGUUUGAUGUCCGCACGACGUCCUCGAACCAUCCUCAACGCCUGACCAUCCUCGACGGCUCUUCGUAUUCCGCGGGAACGCGCAUUCUGGCGCGCGCUACGAACGCACCCGCAAAGCUCAAGCUCGACUCGUCCUUCGAGGGCACGUAUGCCCUGAAAACGGGCAAGCAUGCGUUAGGCGCCGGCAUAUCGGGCGAACCUGGUGUGGACGAUCCAAAUGGAUGGGACAGGCAAAGGGUAUUCGUGCAUGGACUAGGUAAUAGGCAUGUGUUCUCAGGCGCGGUCGGGUGGGGUAGCAAGGAUGCCGCCAUGCACGGGCCGAGCUAUGCAGAAGUGGAGAUUGACGAGGGGAUGUUCACGGCGGAUGUGGAUAUUAGGCCAAGUGCGAAGUCACGAUACUCAUAG